AUGGAGAGCUAUUUUCAAUACCGAAGAAUACAAAAAGCUGUCCGCCAACAAUUAUCAGAGGUGAAGCAAAAUUGUACUUGCAUUGACUACACUGUCGGAUGUUCCCACGAUUCAAGUUGCAAAUUGAAUGUCCAUAGCAAUGACCGCAAGGACCUGGAAAAGCAGCCCCCUACAGAAGUCGCCACGCCUGAUACUUUGAUCCUCGUGGGCUGGGAUGGCAAGGAUGAUCCUUUGAAUCCUGCAAAUCAAAGCGUUAAGCGGAAACUUUUCAUGACCUUCCUGGUCUCUCUGAUAGCACUUGCUGUAACUGCAGCAUCUGCGAUUGAUGCUUGUGGCGUCAGGGAAUAUAGCGAAUAUUUCCAGAUAUCUGAGGUUGUUGGGUCACUCGCGACAGGUCUCUUUCUCAUUGGAUUUGCCUGUGGCUCCUUGCUGUCUGGCCCCUUCUCCGAAACCUUCGGUCGCAAUGCAAUUUAUCUUAUUACGAUGCUGAUUUUCCUCAUCUUUGUGAUGGCAUCGGGAUUGGCUCCCAACCUUCAAAGUCACCUUGUUUUUCGCUUUUUUGCGGGAUUCUUCGCCUCGACGCCGCUCAGUUGCGCCGGAGGCACUGUCGCAGAUCUGUGGAACCCAGUCGAAAAAGCAUACGCCUUUCCUCUCUAUGCUAUCCCCGCUUUCACAGGGCCGAUGAUCGGUCAAAUUAUCGGCAGCUAUAUCCCAACUACGUUAGGAUGGAGGUGGCUGGAAUGGAUCAUGCUCAUCUUAGGAGGCCUAGUCUUGGUUGUGGUUCUUAUAUUCCAACCAGAAACUUAUGGCAAUCUUCUUCUCCUUUGGAAAGCAAAAACACUUCGAGAAGAAACAGGCGAUAAAAGAUACAGGGCUCCGAUGGAGAUGAAACGUGAAAGCCUGGGCCAGCGUUUGCGGAUUUCCGUAUCCCGACCCUUUGCGAUGUUUUACUCAGAACUGAUCAUUAUUCUGAUGUCCCUAUACCUCACUAUUAUGUAUAUUGUCCUCUUCACCUUCCUUGAGGGAUAUACCUACAUUUUUGGGGAGGCAUACGGCAUCUCUGAAGGCUUGACUAGUCUUUGCUGGGCUGGAAUGCUGAUUGGCACUAUACUCCCUGUCUGUGUGGUGCCGAUUGUUUACAACUGGACCGUAAAGGAGUAUAAACGUGGGAAUGAUUCGUUUAUUGCGCCUGAGAUGAGAUUGUGGUAUGCAAUGCUUGGCGGUGCGCCAGCAGUACCGAUCAGUUUAUUCUGGAUGGGAUGGACAAGUAAUCCUUCAAUUUCCAUUUGGUCUCCCCUUGUCGCGUCCGUUUUCUUUGGCUACGCGUCUGCCCUCGGUUUCUUGGUUUUCACGCGAUACGUCGUCGCAGGGGGUGUCACUGUCGCCGGCGGUCCGAUAUACGAGGCGAUAGGUGUCCAAUACACGCUUACAAUACUUGGGUCAAUCAGUGCUGUUAUGACCUGUGUGCCCUAUCUUCUCUACAUAUAUGGACCACAGAUCAGAAAGCAUAGCAAAUAUGCAGUGAAUAUUACGAGGACAUGA